GUUGUGAAUCAAGAUAACCGAUCAAAAGUAUUAUAAGAAUCUGUAAAGUAAGACUCAGAAAAAGAGAAAAAAAAAGUGGAGAACAUACAGCCAACAUCUCAUUAAGUGAUCAACUUAAGGCCAUCAACAAAAAAAACAACACAUUUUAUCAUCGUGUGUUUGUGUACAUUUCCUCAUUGCCACAUUGGUUGUUGGUGGUCUUUCCGUUAUCAUCAUUAGAUCUGCUGAUCAGUUGUGUGAUAAUCAUCAUUGUUAGAGCAUUGUUUGCUCUUGAAAAUGUUAAAUUUACCGUAUGUAUUACUAAUAUGGAUGUUGUUCAACAUGGUCAAUUCUUUAGCUACCAAAAACACGACAAACAAUAAUGUUUCCAUACAACAUCCAUCAUUGGGUCCAAAACCAAAAUUUUAUCAUACAAAUCGUCCAUUUUUCAACAUUGCUCAUAUGGUAAACAGUUUAAAUGAAUUGAAUGAUUAUCUGAAUCGUGGAGCCAAUGCAAUUGAAACGGAUGUUUAUUUUUCAUCAAAUGCUACACCUGUUUACACAUUUCAUGGAAAAUCAAAUUGUGAUUGUUUUCGUCGUUGCGGUGAACGAGAACGUAUCGAUAUUUUUUUUGAAAGAAUUCGUUUACUUACAACACCUUCCAGCCCUGUGUUCGACAAGCGACUAUUGUUGAUCAUUUUGGAUUUGAAACUAUUACGAAUUAGUCAUUCAGCAAAAGCCUCGGCCGGACAGCAAUUGGCAUCUUUACUCUUAUCUCAUCUUUAUAACAUGACAACACGUGACAAUUCGCCUGAUGGUUCCCGAUUAAGAGCAGUUAUCUCUAUCUCGCACGUGUUCGAUUAUGAUUUUGUCCUUGGAUUUGUCAAUGAAAUUGAAUCGCAUGGGCGUGACUUUCUGCUUGCCGACAAAAUUGGAUGGGAUGUGGGCAUGAAUGAUCCAUUGUUUGCCAUAGAAUCAAUGUGGAAAAGACUCGAUAUGGUGGUCAAUAUAUGGCAAGGUGAUGGUCGAUCCAAUUGUAUGACACCAUUCUAUAAUCUGGGCCGACUCACACAGAUUGUGAAACGACGUGAUAAUCCAUCUUUUUUUGCUAUCAAAAACUACAUUCGCAAAGUCUAUCAAUGGACUGUCGAUCUAACGGUCAACAUUCGUACAGCAUUCAGAUCGGACGUUGAUGCUAUCAUAACCAAUCAUCCGGAACGUGUAUGCAAUGUAAUGCGUGAAAGUGAAUUUGCUUCCCGAUAUCGUAUGGCCACAUAUGAAGAUUCUCCAUGGGAAAGAAUCUGGACACGUCCAACACGACCACAAACAUCAUCAAUGUUAACUAAACCAACAUUAGGAUUGAAAUUAGUGAAUAGUGCCGGUGACAUGCUUGAUUCGAUGACCAGAUUUAUGGUUGAUGCAUUAAGAUCACAGACUUUAUUACGUUAUCUAUUUCUUUCGUCAUAUAAACAACGACAACAACAACAACAACAACAACAAUCAUACAAUUACAAUUAUUAUCGAACCAUGGACCAUGAUGAUGAUGAUGAUAAUGAUGGUAAUAAUGUUGAAUCGAAUGAUUCAGUCACGACUACAACUACAACGGAACUGGUUAUAGCCAGAAUAAUUCAGUUGUUAAUGAAACUCGUGAUUGGCCAAAAACAUUAGUGUUCAGAUAAUAGUAAUGUGUGCAUAUCAUGGAUGAAAUUGAAUCAUCAUCAUUUUUUGUUUAAUUUGCUUGCUUUUAUCCAAUGGGUUUUUUUUUCGGUUAUGAAUGGCCAUCCAUCUAUUCAUCUAUCCAAUUAUCAUCAUCAUAUAUCUCAUAUUAUCAUCUUGUUAUAUACCAAUUUGUAUGUUUCCUUUCCGGAAAAGUCAUUCAUACCAAAGUAAACAUAACACACACACACACAAAUAUUGUAUACAUAAAACAUUUACACUAAAAA